CCCGCUUCCUUCAAACAUUAAGGUGAGGACUUUCGGCCCGUAGUAAGUCCGACAUCUCUCCGUCACAUAGGAAGAGCUUCGCCAUGUGAAAGCUGCGACGCGGCGCGAUCACAACCACUUCAUGGGCAUGGAAACAAAUGGGCUGGCCAAGGACCAAGGCACGCUGUCGCCUGCUGAUUUGAUCCUGCAGCAAAGACGUGAUGCGACGACCCCGGCUGUAUCGCAGCCCAACGGAGAUGGUGGACUCUUUUCACAGUUGGCCAACAACCCGUUCUUCACAGCGGGUUUUGGUCUCGCAGGUCUGACAGCGGGUCUCACUCUUGCGCAGAGAGGGGUUCGACAUGGCGCUGCGCUUCUCCGCCGACGGAUGCUGGUCGACGUUGAGAUCAGUAUCAAGGAUGAUUCAUACGCAUGGUUCUUGCACUGGAUGACACUCUACCAGCAGUCGCAGCUACAGGGAGCUCGUACAGCCGCUGGCAAAUCUGGGUUUAUGGAGUCUCUGCUUCAGAAAUUGACGCCGGGUAUGCGCCAUCUGUCUAUCCAGACACAGAAGGUCGAACACUCAAACGGAGCUAUUCACACCCAUUUCACCUUGAUUCCCGGUCCCGGAAAACAUGUACUUCGCUAUAAGAAUGCAUUUAUCUUCGUGAACCGGGUCCGAGAAUCCAAGUCGAGAGACCAUCAAACCGGCCGUCCGUGGGAAACAGUUACCUUGACCACCCUGUAUUCUCAACGUCAUAUUUUCGAGGACCUCUUCACCGAAGCCCAUGAAUACGCGGCGAAAUCGCACGAGGGAAAGACAUCGAUAUAUAAUAGCUGGGGAACAGAGUGGCGACAGUUUGGACAGCCGCGACGCAAGCGUCCUAUUGAGUCCGUGAUUCUUGAUAAGGGAGUGAAAGAGCGGAUUGUUGCAGACGUGAAGGAUUUCAUGAGUAGCCACCAAUGGUAUUAUGACCGUGGAAUCCCGUAUAGGAGAGGCUAUCUUCUCUACGGUCCUCCAGGGAGCGGUAAAAGCUCUUUCAUUCAGGCUCUGGCUGGUGAGCUUGAUUAUGAUAUCGCCAUUCUCAAUCUCAGCGAGCGUGGAUUGACCGAUGACCGACUCAACCACCUUCUGACCAUUAUUCCGAAUCGAACUCUCGUCCUGCUGGAGGACGUAGAUGCCGCCUUCUCAAACCGACGGGUCCAGACAGAUGCCGAUGGUUAUCGUGGGGCAAACGUUACGUUUUCCGGCCUGCUGAACGCUCUCGAUGGGGUUGCAAGUGCUGAAGAGCGUAUAAUCUUCUUAACAACAAACCAUGUCGAGAGACUCGAUGAGGCACUCGUCCGCCCCGGCCGUGUCGACAUGACAGUUCGCUUUGGUGAAGCCACUCGUUAUCAAGUUGGCUGUCUGUGGGAUCGCUUCUACAGUGAAUUUGACACGGAUGGUAGGUACAAAGAAGCUUUCCUUAAACGGCUGGAGGAGCUUGGCCUCAUUGAAGAUGCCAAUGGCCGUAAGCCAGACCGUUCCAGAUCUACCAGCACAGCUGCGCUGCAAGGAUUAUUCUUGUACAAUAAGGGAAACAUGGAAGGUGCGGUUGAAAUGGCUGAAGCUCUAGCACAUAAUGUGUACGAGGAAGCUCAGGCAGCUGGACGUGACUAGUGAACAAAUCAAAACAAAUGUAUUAUAGGCUUCGCUUUAGUAUAGACUUGGAUGAGUGUAUAACAGAAUGAUACCACGACCUUGCAUAUCUCGGCACCAGAG